CCCUACAUCCGAAAGCAAUCCUUGAUUUGUGGAGCUUUUCUGAUUCACUCUCAACCUUUCUCUUUAUAUACCAGCUAUACCUGCCAUCAAAGCAUCCGGAUGAUUAACAUAGCUUUGCACGCGCAGUUUUAUGCGUGCCAUUACUUAGGCCUAUACGUAUUUCUGGUACCCUUUUUUAACGCUAAGGAUUUACUUUCUUGUGCGUGAUUUAGAGCUGGCCGGUGGAAAGAUGCCGAACUGCGAACUCGCAUCGUUAAAAUAAAAUCGUCAUAUUGAUCUCAGACGAGCGUGAGUACGGAUGUGUCACUGAUUCCUGAAAAAGACUCGCAUUGGAUGACUGGAGAGGAGUUGAGUUAUGCUCGAGGUGAAGCCUGGAAUCGUUCUGACCUGGAGUUCACUAGCCUGGUAGGAAGGCACCAUAAUACACCUCAUCUCAGAUGGCAAGAAAUCCGAAACUCCAUCGUGCUUUUUACCAAACGACCAUGUAGCAGAAUAUCAUCAAACUUGCCGAAAACCAUCACACUUACCGGGUACAGUGGAUAAAGAUUGAAGGGGCCUACAACACUUCGAAAAACUUUGGGUUUUUCAGCGUAGGAAAGUGGGAGUUUCGGAACCAAAUACACAUAUUAUAAGGGGAAACCCUUUUGCAGAUAGGACUUACCUCAAACUGAUAUUGGUUUUGUGCAACUGGAAACUAUUACAAAUAGACAGAAAAACUUUUGAUUCACGAUGGAAUGGACGAGUGUGCAUCUCUCGUUGUUGAUGUUGACCUGUUUUAGUGCAGUGUUAUCUGUUUUAGCGGAAGAAGGAUACCUGGUGGCAUAUCCCCUCGCCUUUCGACCGGGGGUAGAGGAGAAGCUCAGUGUUACUAUCUUUGACUACAAUGACUCAGUUUUGGUGGAAGCAAGGAUAAAAUGGAGGAACAAGACUCUUGCCAACAUAGGCGAAACAAUCACAGGUAAGACAACUGGCAUAUUGGGUGCCGGAUUAUGUAACCGGAAAGGCGGUCCUUGAAAUAUGCGGCAACUGCCAGAUCGGAUCCCAGGGUUUCAACUUCAAGAAUUCAUCUGAAAUUACUGUUUUAGAGAAAAGUACAUCGGUCUUUAUUCAGACGGAUAAACCAAUUUAUAAACCAGAACAAACGGUUCUAAUUAAUUUAUUCACGACGGGUCCAGAUCUGAGGCCUCGAAAUGUACCGAUGCUGGUUUAUAUUUUGGAUCCAAAAGGGUCCAGGAUGAUCCAGUGGAAAAAUCUCAAACCAACAUGUUGCGGAAUUGUGAACGCGUCUUUUCCGCUUUCCGAUCAGCCUGUUCUGGGUGUGUGGACUAUUCUUGUCGACAUGGAAGGUCAUAUGUAUAAUAAAACAUUCACCGUUGAAAAAUAUGUUUUGCCAAGGUUUGAAGUAGUCAUAGAACCGCCAGGAUUCAUUCGGGAUACGAACAAGUGCAGUAGAGCAACAGUCCAUGCUAAAUACACAUUUGGGCAACCUGUGAAGGGGAAACUUUCUAUCAAUAUGAAUCUUCAUGGUUUGGGGUAUUUCGAUGAUUAUGUUGGGAGAAAUGUGUACCUUUUCAUGGAUAUCAAUGGUACGGCCAUGUUUGACAUCUGUAUCAACAACCUCACAAAUUCGCCUCUGAAGACUCACUUUAGAGGCACCAUCCGAAUUGAAGCAAGUGUGACAAGCAACGAUGGAAACGUCUUCACAGCAAUGGACGAUACAUGUCUGGUUCACAAACAACUUGUCUCAAUCGAAUUCGCCCCAGAAACUAAGAAACAUUUCAAACCCGGACUACCUUAUUAUGGAAGGCUAUUCGUUUUCUAUCCCGACGACACACCAGCCAGCAAUGUCGUAAUCCGGAUCAACGUCGACAGAAACACAGACAUCGUGUUCAGAGAAGAAUACGAGGCGAUAGAUGGGGAGGUGUCUUUUGAAAUCCCUUCACUGCCAGAUGGAGACGGACUAUUGUGGCUAGAUGCUCUUAUAGUAGCAGUGGACGGUAGAUCAGUUGGUAACAGCUAUCUGUCACAUUUCCUUUCACUUGGGAGCUGGUAUUCGCCCAGCAAUUGUCAUCUGUUAAUGAAAGCACAACCAAAAUUAAAGGUUGGAACAAGGGCUUCUGUCAAGAUUCAAUCGACCUGCCCCUGUAACUUUAGCCUCCAUUAUGAGAUCAUGUCACGUGGUAAUAUUGUUACAUCAGGAAUAACCGAGGUCGGGAGGGAGAAGAGAGACGUACAGACUCUUGAAGCAGACCUGAACAGCACUCUAUCGCAAUGUGAGACAGAGAUCAGCUUCAUGGUGACUGCACCUAUGUCCCCUACUAGUCGCCUCUUGAUUUAUUAUGUCAGAGAUGAUGAGGAAGGCGUGGUUGAUACAAUGCAAAUCGAGGUGGAACCCAGCUUUGAAAAUAAGGUUUCUGUGACAUGGUCAAGGAAUGAAACAACUCCCAAGUCACAUGUAAACAUGUUGAUAUCUGCUAAGCCUGAUUCGUGUGUAUGUUUAGCGACAGUGGAUAAGAGUGUUCAGCUAUUACGGCCUGGAUAUCAGAUCACACCAGAAAAGGUAUUUGCAGAAAUGGCCAAAUAUGAUCUGUCUGAAGAGCGUUAUGAAGAUACAUUCUGGUGGAGAAGUACCUUUCGAAGAAAGCGAUCGCCAAUGUGGAAUGCAAUGCGUCUACGAGAUGCCGACUUUGCAUUUAGGGAAGCAGGAUUGAGAGUUAUGACCAAUAAAGUACAACUUCGCUUUCAGGAUUUGUCUGCUCUUCAUGGUGAUGGUACUGGUUUUAGUCAACAAAAUACAAGGAAGAGAUCAGUUCCAAGAACAGACAAGAGAAGGAGAGCUUAUUUUCCAGAGACAUGGGUAUUCAACUGCUUCAACAUCAGUUCUACGAGACGCGACAACUAUAUCCAGCUUCAGGUUCCAGAUUCUAUCACCACCUGGCAGACUGAUGUGGUCGCCCUCUCUCAGACACACGGGAUGGGUGUGGCUACUACCAUACCCCUUAUUGCCUUCAAGGAGUUCUUUGUGGAAUAUACUCUCCCAUACUCUGUUAUUCGAGGGGAACAGCUUCGCGUACCUCUGACUGUCUUUAACUAUUUAGAUGUCUGUGUAAAGGUGAGGGUGUCGAUGCAAAUACAAGAAGGUAUAAAAUUCUUGAACCAUGGUGGGCGUGGUAUCACCUUGGACCAAUGUCUGCAGGCCAAGGAGAGCCUGACCACACCCAUUGAACUGGUCUUCAAUGAGCUGGGCAAGAAAAGGAUCCAUGCUGGAGCCGAGGCCCUGAUGACUAUGUCAUGUGAUUGUAGUGAUGAAGGUGGAAUUAGUGACAUGCCACCAACUCUUCUGGCAUUGGAUAAAGUCACCAAUAACAUUCUUGUUGAACCUGAAGGCAUUCCAAGGGGCUACACUUACAGUGUUUUCUUUUGUCCAAAUGAACGGAUCCACAUUUCCACUCCUAAUUAUGACGAAUACCAAUUCGUUCACCCACCCGAAGAAAUGGACUCUUUUUCUUUCCUGUGCAAGGCCACCAGUAAUGCAAAGAUAGCCUUGUCUCGUGCUCAGACUGACUUCAUUGACUAUGAAAUAAUACUAGGAGGCCUUGAGAAUUCUCAGUCAUGGAUCUCAAAGGGAAGGGGAGGUGAGAGAUUGCAGAUGACAAUGACACCAAAUAUUGUGAGCUGGGAGGAAUUUAGAGCCUUUUGGAUAAGCUGGACAGAUGGACAAAUUCAGAUUGGAUAUGGGGAGACAAAAUCUAAUGCAUCGGUCAUUCUGACCCUGGAUGACCCUUCAGCUAUUGAUAUGACCGUCCAGUAUAUCGGCUUUGCUACAGGAACGGGAUCCUUAGGAGAAUUUAGGAUUUGGAGAAGGAAAGGCAACAAUGAGAUAUACCACGAGGCAUUUACACUGUCUUUACCACUCAACUUCGUUCCUGGGUCUGAGAGAGCACAAGCUACUAUGAUAGCUGAUGUGAUGGGACCCACAUUGAACAAUCUUCACAAUUUGAUUCGUCUGCCGUUUGGUUGCGGAGAGCAGAACAUGAUUCACUUUGCUCCUAAUGUCUACAUCAUGAGGUAUCUACAGCGGACAAACCAACUCUCAUCAGAAAUCAAGAAUGAAGCAACUGGUUACCUUAUUCAGGGCUACCAGAGGCAGCUGACGUACAAGAGACACGAUGGGUCGUACAGUGCCUUUGGUGAGAAUGACUCCUCAGGUAGCAUGUGGCUUACAGCUUUUGUUCUCAAGUCAUUCGCACAGUCUAGAUCUUUCAUUUACAUUGAUCCAAGAGAGAUGGCACAGAGUAGGCGCUGGAUCAUCGCACAGAAAGGAGAUGAUGGAUCCUUCCCACCAGUAGGAAGGGUGCUCAACAAAGACAUACAGGGUGGCAUACAGGGCAAGGUCUCUCUGACAGCCUAUGUGGUGGUGGCGCUCAUGGAAGCAGGGGUGGAUUCCCAGGAGGAGAGAAAUUCCAUCAAAGAGGCCCAGAAGUUCUUGGAGGACAACAUGCAUCCCGCUGCCAUCACAGAUCCCUACACCGCUGCUCUUGUGGCAUAUGCUCUGACGCUCAGGAAGAGUGAUUAUGCUCCCAUGGCUGAGCGGAUGCUCUCUAACAUGGCCAUUAGAAAAGGUGGUCAGACCUAUUGGAGAUUGAACAACCAACCUCUAGAGACUCUGCCUUUCUUUGCUCACAUGGGUAACAUCAAACAGACAGUCACAUCAGCCGAGGUAGAGAUGACUGCAUAUGCCCUGCUCACCUACACGCUUCUUGGAGACAUCGCCUACUCCCUGCCUAUUGUGAAAUGGCUAACGCAGCAGAGGAACUCUCUGGGUGGCUUCUCCAGUACACAGGACACUUGUGUAGCUCUGCAAGCUCUUUCUGAGUAUGCCACACUUGCUUAUGUUGGUCAUGUCAAUCUCAAUGUCACCCUUGCUUAUACCAACUUCAUAACAUCAGUGGAGGAACACUUCUACCUCAACAAUGAAAACAGCAAAGUCCUUCAAGUCAUGGAGAUUCCUGCUUUCACCCAGACACUGUUCAUUGGAGCAGUUGGAGAAGGAUGUGGUUUAAUGCAGGUGGAUAUGUCAUACAAUAUCCCAGACCCUACUAAAAAGGAAGCCUUCAGGCUGAGUGUCAAGAUGUCCGAGAUGCCCCCUUCUUCCAGUCAGAGAAAGCGACGACGCAGGAGUCUGAACGGGAUCAGCAAUGAGGUGACAGCAGACCUGGCGCAUGAUGAUGACUACAGGGUUAGCAUGGAAGUCUGCUCAAGAUGGCUCCAUGCAGGUUCUUCUAACAUGGCUGUGGUAGAGGUUUCUCUCUUGACUGGAUUCUCGGCAGAUAUUGAGAGCUUGGAGAGGUUAAUCCUAGAUCGGCAGAACAAGCUGAAACGCUAUGAGAUAGAUGGGCGGAAGGUCAUCCUAUACUUUGAUGAAAUGGCAAGCCAGUGUUUGACCUGUGUGACCUUUCAUGCUUGGAGAAACUUUGUCGUCGGCAAGAUGCAGCCAGUCCCUGUGAAGGUGUAUGAUUACUAUGAACCUCAUUAUGAAGAGACUCGGUUCUACAAUGUAAGCAGUGCUAGUCCCUUGGCAAGAGAGCUUUGUGAAGAUGACCAUCCAGAUUGUAAUAGAGUAGAAGACCAGAAUGGACCAAGGAUGGACCUCCCAACCAUCACAGUGACCAACAGUGAUGAUGACCUGAGCCUAGAUGACCAGUCAAGGUGUGGUUGUCAGCGGUCAUGUCAGCACGAACCAGGCUCUGUUGUUUGUGGCUCUGAUGGAAGGCUCUAUGCUAACUACUGUUACAUGGAAGUGGCUUCCUGCCAGAUGGAGAUCGGUAUCAGAGCCAUGCCCAAAUAUAUGUGCCCAGAUCAAGACCCUGUUGGGUCAGAAAAUACCAGACAGGAGCGCCCGGGAGGUGGAAUCCAACCACCUCUGAAACCAGCAAUUACCAUUCCUGACAAUAAUCUAGUUGAGACUGCCACUCAGUCAAAUUCAGCAUUCAAACCUAAUAUCAACACAACUAGUAUCACUUCCGUCUCCAACGACACGAGUGAGAGCUUUUCAGAUUAUGAUCCAGAGGACAGCUCGUUCACGGUAGAAGACGGCAGAAAAGUGAUCGGUAGUGCAGAUUUUCUGGAAUCAGCAGACUUUAGAUUGGAUGCAACCGGUGAAAUUUUCAAGGAUGAAGAAUUAGGAGUAGGGACAGAACCAAUGGAUGAGUUGAUACCAGAAGUGACAAAAAUUGCCCCAGUUGUGAUUGAUUUGAAGAACCAGAAAGGUCUAAGCUCGGAACUAGAUCUAGGAACUGAUAAAGAUCUUGUAGAGGAAAUAAACCUUAGUCCUCAUGUGUUAUCUGAUGAGGGUGUGAACUACCCUGAACUACCUCCUGAACCAUCAUCAAGUAUUACCCCAAAGACUGUUCCUCCCAAAGAAUCACCAGACUUGCAACCAAGUACAAAAAGCCCCACCACAAGAAACUCAAACUCUCCUCAAGCAGGCUCGGACCCAGCAAUGCCAUCUGAACUAGUUCUGGAGUUACCCGAAGAAGACAGGGAUUCCCAUGAAACCAUGCCAGCAAUGGAAAUCGCAGAAAUACCAGCUGUGAUUCAUGGUGUAGAGACACCAGGAGAGACACAAUUGAUAAGGGAGCCAGGACAAGCAGUAGAAGAGUCUGUUCAACCCAAACUUGUGGAUCCCAUUUCUAAAUAUACAGGUACAGAUCCUGAUCAACCUAGAGCGGGUCCUGUACAAAGUAACAAUGAAACACAACAGAGAGAAAACAUUCAAGAUCAACCAAUGCCAGCUGAAGCCAGAUCAGACCAGUUACAAAGUGGACCCCCUUUGUAUCAAACUGGAGAGUUAAAAUCCCCAACUGAAGAUGAGGAGGAAAUGAUGAAAGCAAGACAUCAUUCUCAUCACCAUCGUCAUCAUAUUCAUCACGUAGCUGUACCAAGCACCACUGUUGCAACAGGCAGAAGGCGGAAAAGAGAUUCAGAGUAAAGAGAACCUGAGGAUAUCUCCUGUAGCCUUUCUGGCUAUUAUAAAGACUGUACAAGAUCUGUAGACUCAGGGCUCCUUUGAAAGAAUGCUGUUUGUCCAUGAACUGGGCCAGUGAUUGGUGUUAAUCAUUUCCAAUCUACAAGAAGCAGAGAAGUUCAUUUGGUGUUCUUGUAAAGUUUCAUUUAUUUAAUCUUAUAUCAAGACCAUUAAUACUGAGAGAUUCCAUAUUCAGCUGCAGUUAAGCAUGUUGGUAUUUCAGUAUUUUCUUGGAAACGAUUAUAUUCAUUUUCAUUUUUAUUGGAUAGUGGCAAACGAAUAUGUCCUGUCAUUAAAAAUCAUCACUCCCAAAGACUGAAUAUAUACACUUAAACAGACUUAAACGUAAAAUAGAUUUUAAAUGUAUAGCAUUUUAUUUUACUUAUAAUACAACUUGUAAGAUAUUGAUAUUCUAAUAAACUUGUGCAGGAGCUUGGACAAACAGAUGAACUGAAUUGAAUUGAAUUGCGCAUUUUCAGGUGAUAUGUAGAGAAGUGAUUUCACAUUUCUAAAAUCAAAGGGUACGGGCAUACAAUUAACAUAUCUUUGCUCUUUGCAAUUUUAAACAAACUUUAUACAAAAUACUUACAAAAAGUGUCACAAUACUUGAAUAGGAAUUAGAAUAAUUUAAUAAUAGCAUUUGACACACAAAUGUUUAAGCAAAAUAUGUUGCCUUGUGUUCUCAUUUCUUUUGGUAAUUGCACAGAAAAGUUCUAUUUUCAAAUAAUCUUAUAACACGACAUUUUAUGGAUGUCUGUUUAAAAAACUUUGGAGAACUAAAUAUCGUAUUUAAUCUGGUUUAUGCAGCAAACUUUUGGGAGGGGAGGUUAGAAGUCAAGGUUACUAGCUUGUCUAGCUAGGCUCCUAGCUGACCAGGCUCCCUUUGGGGAUGACAACCCAAGCUUGCAUCCAUACGGGCUGUGAAGAGGGAAACCCUGUUUCAGCCCCAGGAGCAAGUGGCUUCUGCCCCUGGUUAUAUUUGGUUUGGGUUGACUGCCCAUUCCAUCUACCAGUAAUUACUAUUGUCACAUUAUUUAAUUAUGGUUUAUUAUGUGGCAGUCAUGGGCCACCUUUCAUCAUUUUAUGAUGGCAACAUCAGGCCUAAAGAACAAUCUACAAAAAAAAAAUGUCUUGAUCUCAAAGGCAUAUUGUAAUUAUGACCUUCCUAUGUUGAAAAAAAAAACCCAAAGAAACAGAAAUUUACUGUUUUGAAAAUGAUUUCAUCUUUAUGUUUAUACAUCAUAUUUGUGAUUGCCUCUCUUGAUUAGAUCACAUGUGUACAAUUUAUCAUUAGAGAGGCCAUUGUACUAUAAUAUUCAAAAGCAAAAGUUACUGAUUUGGAAAUUUGUACAUAACUGAAUCAUUAUAUUGUACUUAACUUUCUAAUACCUCAAAAUAAAUGUAUUACCUGCUUGAUUGAUUACAA